GUUUCAGCUGUAAGUAUCUCUACGUGUUUCAUCCCUAACCCUCUGUUCUAUGGCUGCAACUGUUGAUAUAUUCUCCUACUUUGGCUUGUGUUUACCUGUUAUGAUCUGCCUUGCCUUACCCUACUCAUCAUACCCUACCCUUACCUUACCUUCCUUUGCCCUUACCUGAUAUACUUCACGCCAACCCCCAUCAUCCUGCAUGUCUGCCAUACUACACAAGUAACACAGUUUUAUCCCGUCACAAACCCCUCCUGUUAUCGUCUUCAUCAUAUAUUGCUGCGGCUAUGAUCAUUAUGCUUCUACACCAUCACUACCAUCAUCACUAUUAUGUCUUCUCUCAUUCGCCAUCCAUCAAAUCAUAUACUCUCUUCUCCCAUGUUCCUUCCUCAGAGCCCUCAUUCGUCGUGACGCCGAAAUGCUCGCUGUCUUGCUAUCUCGUUCUUCUUCGUUACCUACUAAUACCUGCCUCUUUCCCAGGCUUGUCUCACAAUGCAUCUGGUGCAAACGCGACUGAAUAUGACAAGGAUAUGUUGGACCGAUGGAUCACACGUUCCAAAUACGGUAAGUCAACCCCACCCUCUGGCUACCGGCGGUUCUCGUUACCCAGAAUACAUUCACUGUCUGCCCCAUAGAUGAAUGAGAGGAUGGCCCUGACUUACUUUACUACCGACUAUGUGAUCCCGGGAUGUGACUGUGGUAACCAUGCUAUGCUGUUGUUCUUCACCACUGCUAACCAUAUUCAUCUUUUUCUUAGACUGCCCCCCUGUCAUGAGCCAGAAGCCAGCCAACCCUUUCCAUAAGCUACCUGUAGAGGUCAUAUGCAAGAUCUAUGCCAACCUGGACCGUUUGCGAUAUUGCCGCCAUGCAGCAGCCACGUGCAAGCAAGCCCGCGCGAUCCUACACCUCAACGAGCCUCUCAUCGCGCGCGAGUGGUUGCAGAUGGUCCUGCCCCGUUCCUACUGGCGCCUCGGAGUCAUGACCAUCGCCUCCGCCAACUACGGCAAAUCCACGGCGGGCGACUUCAUAGAGGCGUACAUGUCGAGUGAGCGCGAGUUCCCGGAGCCGCACUACGGGCUGAGCGACGUCGCUAACCUGAAGCGCUUCGUGGACGAUGUGGAAGGCGUGAUGGAGAUGAAGGUCUGCGUUGAUAUGAUGGGAUUUGCCGAGUCAUCGCCCUCCGGCUCGAACUUCUACUCCGGCCGCUUCCCCAACGGCUCCGCGACCGGAUCGAAGACGGAGUUGCUCCGCGCGAUGCGAGCGUGCUUAAUGAUCGAGAUAGCGCGCAAUCUGUUCUAUAAUUCGGACGGAGACGAGGACCCGGCUAAGACGGCCGCGGCGGAGGGACGCCAGGAAGUGGACUGGCACAAGAAGUAUUGGACGUCCUUCUCCAGUAUUGAAGUGAAUUCCGCGAGCCUGAUGGCCGAUUGUUACGAGACGAUUCUGUUUAAUACAUUCAAAAAUUGCGCCAUGGAGAAUUCCUUUGUCACUGGCCGAGAGGAAGACUACGAAUAUUUUUGCAGCAACAAUCCCGGUGCCAGAAUAUUCUCGUUGAAAACCGGAUUGGCCCGGUUACGGGACUGGCAUUAUGCUAUUCUCGAGUACCACAGCACGCGAAAUGACACUCGAAAGAAGAUCCCAAAGGCAGUUCUAAAGGGUGACCCCCACACGGCAUGCCCCGAAUUUAUACAGCUAGUGAGAGGGGGCAAUUAUUACGACCCUUUUGAGAAUCUUCUGAAAGACGAGGAGACUCAGUUUGCCGAGACUUCGUUCCACCCGGACCCGAAGGCGAUCGACCAGGCUACUUGGAACACGAUCCUGACGUUGUGGCGAGGCAAACGAAUUGAGAAGUACUACGACCAAGAGGACGACAAGGUCUACUUCACAUGCCAGGGACUCUGGGAUGACUCUACCCUUCAGCGCUGGGAGGCCCAGGAUGAGGAUGAUAAGAGCUGGAGACCGCAGGGCGAGCCGGAGGAUGACGUGGAGGUAGGGGAUUUCGAUAGCGAAUUUUCAUCUGGUUAUGAGGAUGAGGACACCUUCAAAACCCCCAAGCAAUAUGAGCGCUCUCUUGAUCUAAGAGAGGAGUUAUAUCCCAUCUGGAAGGAGGAAUGGGCUUGCGAUGUGUCCUACAGAGACUUUGCAAGUACCCAACGAUAUGAGCGAAAGCUGGCGCGAUCGGGAAUGGGAUUGGAUGAUGGUUGGAUCCCAAGUAGCGACGACGAAGCAGACGACGAAGAAGAGGAAGAUGAACGCGAAGAAGAGAAUGAGGAGGAUAAUGAAGAGAACAACGAAGAGGAUGAUGAGGAGGCCAACGAGGAGGAAAAUGAAAAGGAUAACAAAGAAGACAACAAAGAGUAAUGAGGAUAGGGAUGAGAAUAUCUGCCGAUUGAGAAGGCUCCGUCCGGGUUAGGAAUAACGUGUAUGAUGAGAGGGCCUUAUGAUGAAAAAAGGAGGCUCACGAUGAGAAAGGCUUAAUGAUGAGAGAGGCCUACAAUGAGAAAGGCUUACGAUGAGAAGGAAUGGUUUAUGAUGAAAAACGAGGCUCGAGUUAAGAGAGCUCGCAUGACAGCCUAUGAGCCAGUCUUAUGAGUUACGCAGAGAGGAACGACUACAGACGGAAUGAGUUGAGUUGAGUUCGGAUUGCGCUGAGCAAGGAAUGCGUUGAGUUGCCAACCCAUGGCCCUUUUUUCAUUGUCCUAAGAGGAGGACUGCAUGCGAUUUCGGACUGCUUUUAACUAACAUACCUUGCUCUUGCCUACUCACCGUCGUGGCCUCACAUGGCAUCUUCACAUGGUACCUUCCAUUGCAAAGGAGGAAUUGCGUUGUUCUGUUGCUCUGUAAGAUAGAAAGUCAGUGGAUUUUUAAUGCCCUUGAGCUUUUGUGCGUUUCAUUUCUUCAGUAGGUAAGUUUAUUGAUAGUUCAGAUAGCCCACUGCAAUUGAUGCAAUGAUCAUAAUAAUGUGACAACCCAAAAAAGAAAAAUAUAAUAAUAACAAUAAUAACGCCGUAGAAAUAAGUAAUAAGCCCAUAAGGUAGCAAAAAAUGAAGAAAUGCAAAAGAAUAA